CGCGAGCAAAAAUAUUUUCCGUCGACGGUUCUGGUGGGCUGCAAUUCUAUUUCGAAUGGUAAAAAUUAGCUAAUUGUCCUAGAAAAAGUGUUAUUUCCAGUGCAAAUUGUGUAUCUUGCGAAGGAUCAGAUUCAUCAGCUAAAACAAUGAAGGUAAAGGAGCUACAAAAAAUGGUGAACGUGGCCUGGUCGCCAGCUCAACAAAAUUCCAUAAUGCUGGCAGCUGGAACCGCUGCUCAGCAACUAAACGUUUCAUCAAGUUCGUCUGCUGCCGUUGAAGUGUAUUCGAUCAAUCUGUCCGAUCCGGGAUACGAUUUGGAGCUGAUUGGCACCCAGAGUACCUCCCAUGGAUUCCAUAAGUUGAUUUGGAGUCCUUUUGGGAUUGGUACCAAUUUUGCGAACGGGUUCAUCGUUGGUGGAUGUGAAAGUGGAGUGAUUCAGAUUUUCAAUGCCGAAAAAUUGUUGGCUGGGGAGAAUGCACUGGUUGCUCAACAGGACAAACAUACCGGUGCAGUCCGAAGUUUGGACUACAAUCCAUUCCAAAAUAAUUUGCUAGCUUCAGGUGCUUCGGAAUCGGAGAUUUUCAUUUGGGAUUUGAACAACACAGCUGUUCCAAUGAGCCCUGGCCAGAAAGUGCAACCAUCGGAAGAAGUUCAAGGGCUUGCCUGGAAUCGGCAGGUUCAACAUAUUCUCGGAUCUUUGUUUCCGUCACGUUGUGUGAUCUGGGAUUUGCGUAAAAACGAACCUAUUAUAAAGUUGAGCGAUACGCAGUCCCGAAUCCGUUGGCGAGCCGUUCAAUGGCAUCCGGAUGUGGCGACACAGCUUUGGUUGGCUAGCGAAGAGGAUCAGGCCCCGUCCAUCCAGCUGUGGGAUUUGCGAUAUGCUACCGCACCAGCUAAGACGUUCCACAUUCAUCAGCGAGGCGUAUUGGGCUUGACAUGGUGUCCAGAAGAUCACGAUCUGGUUGCCUCCUGCGGCAAAGAUAACAAGAUCUUCUGCUGGAACCAAAAUUCAGAAGAUCCGAACGGAGAAAUCCUGUCGGAGCUUGCCACCACAAACCAGUGGAAUUUCGACGUGGCCUGGUGUCCUCGUAACCCGGCACUGUUGGCCGGGUCCAGCUUCGACGGGAAUGUAUCGAUCUAUUCGAUAUAUGGAGGCGUUCAUCAGCAGGUGCAAACGGUAAACAAAAUAGCCGAUUCUUUUCCGGGAAUGGAUUCAAUCGGUCACGAACCGCUGCAUCAGAUGCAAUCCCAAACGCAAACGGUGUGCAACGAUCUGACUAGGGCCCCAAAGUGGAUGAAACGACCAGCAGGUGCAUGCUUUGGAUUUGGAGGAAAAUUGGUAACAUUCAAUGGUAACAGCAGAUCGCUAACCAUCAAUCAAGUUAUCACCGAUACGGAAUUAGUGGAGCGUUCUAAUCGGUUGGAGCAGGUUUUGUCCGAAGGAAACUUUGUUGAUUAUUGUCGACAAAAAGCGGAUCAAACGACGGACCAGCACUCACGAUUUUUAUGGUAUUUCUUGAAAGCCAACUUCGAGGAUAACCCCCAUGACGAAAUGCUUAACUUGUUAGGUUAUCAUUCCGAGGAUAUAGUGAAUAAAUUUAAAAAGUUUACAGAAAGCGGUAAAGAGAAAAACGAUUCUACAGAGGUCAAUGCUGUGGAUAACUUGACCGAUCAACUGGCGGGAUUGAGUAGGAAUUAUUCCACCGAGACGGAUCCAAGUACAGACGAAAGCACUGAUCUCUCGACUUUGGACAACAACGCUGUAUUUGAUGCCAUUGCUGCGGGAAAUAAACAAUUGAACGAGCAGAGCACCAAUGGUGGCACCGAUUUCGGUCGAACAGAUACAACCAAAGAAAAUGGAAGUAUACCCUACCGAAUUCGUACCGGCCAGGAUAACGAAGGUCUGAUCUGCGAAGCCUUGCUCACUGGUAAUCUAGAAGCAGCGGUAGAACUUUGCAUGGAAGCUGGAAAAACGACGGAGGCACUCAUCCUGGCAAUGAAUGGUGGCUCUGAGCUUUUGGCUCGUGUCCAAUAUCGCUAUCUCAAAAACAGUGAUAGCUAUUUGGCCAACAUAAUCUCCGCUCUGGUGACUGAGGAUUGGAGUGGGGUAGUAACCCAAUGUACGGUGGAUUCUUGGAAAGAAGCUCUAGUGGCUAUUUUGACGCAUUGUAAGAAUCAGCUGCCGCUUUUAUGCGAACGAUUAGGAGAGAGACUUCAAAUUGAAGCCGGUGGCGAUGCUGAAUUGGCGAAGAAUGCCAUUCUAUGCUACAUUUGUGCUGGAAGUACAGAGCGUCUGGUAGAAGCUUGGAAUUUAGCUAAAUCCAGCAACACGCUGAAUGAUUUUGUUAACGAGGAGCCGGAUAAGAAUAACAAUAGCAAUCGUGAUUUACAGGAACUCGUUGAAGUUGCAAUGUUGCUACAGAAAGCUCUUGAACGGCAAGGUAGAACUACACAAGUGAGUGGAAAACUUGCCGAUUUGUUGUCUCAAUACGCAAGUUUGUUGGCUGCGCAGGGUUCGCUAAAUUCAGCGUUAACCUACGUAGGAAACUCAUCGGAACCAGAAAUGGAAGACUUAAGAGAGCGUUUGUAUUACGCGCUUGGCAUUAAAACAUUGCCACAGAACAAUGCUAAUUAUCAGAACGGACCGAGAGGUUCGAUCAAUCAGUCGCAACACCCGUCUUUCAACAACCCAAUGUUUCCAACAAUCGGGCAAGCAGCAAGGAAUAAGGCAUGGCAAGCAUCUCAGAAUCAAUCAGCGCCAGCUUCUACAUCAAUUCCAACUAUUCCACAACCGACUCUUAAUCAACCAACAUGGGCAACUUCACCAUUCCAAACAGGACUUCCGAAUCAGCAACAACCUACAAUGUUCAAUACAGCGGCACCACCAAAUGUUGCUCCAGUAUCAGCAAAACCUCCUCUAGGUCCUCCUCCCUCCAUUGAUCAACCUCAACAACGGCCUUCCUCUGUGAAUUCUCAAACAGGUUCAUCCUCUCUAGGACGCAUAAAAUACGUGAAGGAUCCAUCGGUUUCAUCAGGCCCUGCAUACGGACAACCUGCAGCUAAUCUGUAUAAUCCUAACGCAUUCCAACCUCCGACCUCUCAGUUUAACCAAUUCAAUGUCCAGUCCAUCAACCAGCAGCAAACGCCAUACAACCCCCAACAACAGACGAAUAAUUUCCAACCAUUUACUCCGGCUCCUUUGGUGCAGCCAGGAAUUUCUCCAUAUAUGCCCGGAGUGUCUCCUCUGGAUAUCAAUCAACAGGCCACAAACAAUUUAACAUACCCGGGAGCGCCUCCAACUGCUUCCAUGGCACCGCCACCUUUGAGUAACGUUCAGAAAAAUCCAACUCCACCACCUGGCUGGAAUGAUCCUCCUGCUCUCAAAAGUGCAGCCAGACCACAGUUUUCCGAACAAUACGAAAUGUCGGCAGUACACGCCGGUACCCGAAGGUGGCGUAAAAUCAUUGAUUCGCACGAUCACUCGAAUCGCUCUUCGCCGCAGCCGAAAACCGAACCCGCUCCAGUGGCUCCUAUAACGGCUCCGUUACCACCUGGAGCGUUUCCUGGCACUCCACAGAAUGGCUAUCCAGACCCUAACAGCAAUUACAUGGCUGGCCAGUACGCUCCAGGAAUGCCACCUGCACAACCGGCUAUUUUCAAUCCCACGGCAGCAAGUGGUCCACCACAGCAGCAGCAAAUGCCAGGCGCGAUCAACUAUCAAAACUUUCAGCAAAACUUGCCUUAUCAACAGCCACCACACCAACAAUUCCCCCCUCAACAACAGCAAACGAUGACCCCUGGAUUCAAUGCUAACUAUCAACAGCAAGCUCCUGUAGUAGCCAGUCAGCCCCCAGUUCCCGAACCACCGAAACAGAAACCCCCACUACCCGAACAGUACAUCUACUUGCAGACAGUAUUCGAAGAGUUGAAGAAAAGCUGUAUUUCGGCAGCAGGAAAUCCGCAAACCAAGCGAAAGCUCGAAGACGUCUCCAAGAGGUUGGAAAUGCUGUAUGAUUUACUGCGUGAUCACAGGCUUUCUCCGAAUACGCUUGCAUCUCUCAAUCAGCUGGUUACACUGAUCCAGUCCGGAGAUUAUGCAAACGGCAUCGGUUUGCACACCCAGAUGGUGUCCGGUCCUGACUUCGCCCAGAUUGCCAGUUUCAUGCCCGGUAUCAAGGUUCUGCUUCAGUCAGCGAUGCAGCUCCAAGUUUAUCUGCGAUAAUCGGCACAUAGCUCAACGGUGGGGCCUAAAUUGUGCGACUCAACAAAACAUAACGGUAAUUAUUUCUUUUCUAAUCAUUGCUUUUUCGUUUCUCAUCCGACUUAAGUAUCUAUAUGGGCAUUAUUUGUUCAUCCUUAAAAAAACGAACGGAUCGUAAAACGAAGUUUGCAUUUAAGUUUUUUGUGUUGUUUCCGGAUUAAAUGUUUUAUGUUCAAUCGUACUGUGUAUGAUGAGGCGCGUUUGAAAAUUAUAUGAAAGUUUAUAACGUAUUUACAAAUGUUCGAUUUUUUCUAUGUUUAUAUGUAACAUGAAUGGCUAGGAUGAAGUUAUCUCAAUAACGUGUUGAGGGAACAGAGGGAAAAACUUGACCUAUGUUGAGCGAUUUUAAUGAAGAAAUAUCACGGUCUCGAUUUCAUUCAGUCUUAAACAAUACCAAAUUUCGGAUAUCUUCAAUUUGUGCUCAACAUAGGGGUUUUUCUGUCAUUCGUACUCAACAAGUUGAAGCAUCGUUAUCCUACUUAUUUCUAAGAAGUAUCUAAAUAUAUUGUAGCAUUUAUUAUA